AACAAACUUUAUUUCUAGGCUCUUAUUGCUAAAGAACCAAAUUGGGAAAUUGAUUGGCUUACUAAAAGAACUCGAGCAUUUGAAAAAUCUCUUUUACAAGUAAAUAAACCUAAGCAAGAAUUUAUUAAAGAAGAAAAAUUGAAAGAUUCAAUAGUUAUUGAAUCAAAACCAGAAAAGUCUUUUUUUGAGAAGGAUUUUAAAAAAGAAAAAGAAAGAGAUAAAGAAAAAGAAAGACUUAGAGAUAAAGAAAAAAAUAAAAGAGAAAUAGCUAGAAAAAACACUGAAAUAAAAAACAAAUUAAGCCCAAUUAUUGGUGAAAACAAUGAUUCUAAUAAUGUUUCAAUAUCAGAUUGGAUGAAACCUAUCAACUUACCUGUUGAAAAAAGUUUGAUAACAUUGAAAGAAAAUGUUCAAAAAGCUAAAGAAAAAUUAAGUAAACAUAAAACCGACAAAGUGGAAGAAUAUAAAUCAAGAACAUCAGAAACUCAAAAAAAUAAAAAACAAAAGCUUGAUGAACCCAAAGCAAUUGAUUCUACUGAAAAAAAAGAAGAUAAUUGUAUUAUGAUUAACCGUAGCAAAAUAAAACUACCUUUCAUUGGUAAAAUGCCAUUUGCUAAGCCAGUCACUAAAAAAACCGCAGGUUCACAAUCUAAAGAAGUUCCUAACUAUAUGGUUGAAACUAAGUGUGAAGAACUAAAAGAAAAACCAGUAACCUCUGUUGAAUCUCGAAUGCAUAUAAUGGAACAUAUGAUUAGUGCCAUUAAUGAAAAAAAGAUUGAAAAACAAACUUUACCUAUUGAUAUGGAUAUUGAUGAUGAAAAUGAAUAUGAUGAAAUGAUUCUAAGUGCUAAAACAAAUUUUUUUCAACCACAAUUAAAUAUAGAUUUACCUAGAAACGAAGUUCUCCAUAAUUUUAAUCUUCCACAUACAAGUUCACUUCCUCAAGAUUUAAAUGCUGCUUUAAAUAUGAUUUUUCCUUGUAAUGAACCAACAAUUGGUACUUGUGUUAGUGUACCUGUUAACAUCCAAAAUAAUAAUUUAAUGGAUCCUCAAAAUAUAUGUAUUUAUCCUGAAAUGAAUAGAAUGUUAAAUAGUUCACCAGAAAGGAAAAAAAAGAAAAAUGCUCCGUCACAACGAAAACGUAGGCAUAUGAAAAAAAACAUGGGGAAAGAUGAUGAAUAUAAUAAAAAUGAAGAAGAAGAAGUUGAUGAUAAAUUGGAUGAACUUAUUAGUUCAGUGUCCAGGAAAGACAACAUAAAUAAGUCUAAUGGCAAUGAAUCAGAGGGAGAUGAACUUGCUAUGCUUGGUAUUGAUGUUGAAGAUAUGGCUGCUCAAUAUUAUUGAACUUAAAUUAGUAGUCAUCAUCACUCAUAUUCUUGACCUAUAUACAGUGAUUUUAGACUAAGAUUUAUAUUUUUUUACAGAUAAAACAAGAAAUUAAUUAUGUACAUCCAUUUUACAGUUUAGUCAUUAAUUUUUAAAUUACUACAUAGAAAAUUGUGAUAUUUUAUUGGAAUCACUAUAUUCAAAAAAGUAUUUUGAAUUUAAACACGUUUUAAUUAAUUAACUUGAUUUUGUUAAAAAUUAUUUAAAUAUCAUGGCACAAUAACGCCACUUUACACUGUAUAAAAUUUAAAUAAAAGUUGUUCAAACAAAAAAAAGGUAGGUAAUCAGUUUUUAAUAAAAAAAAUUUUAGUUAGACUUUAACUGACAAAUAUUAUAGUAAAUCGAUGAUUCUUUUUAUUCAUUAUUUAUUUUAGAUAUUUUAUUACAUCCUAUUCAAAAUUUUCAUUUGAACUUCAAUGGUAAUUAUCAUAUAUAUUUUUAGAAUUGUUUUAUUACAUUUCAUAUGUUUAGUAUUAAACCUUAAUUUAUGUUACAAUAAAUUUAUUUGUUUAUGUAUAAUGGUGUGUAAGUAUUGUAAUCAUGAUAACAAUUAUUUGUAUAACUAAUUUCAUAUUUUAUUUUACUUAGUUUAAUUUGGAUUUGUAAGCAAUGAAAAUGGUUCACAUCAAGAUAUCUUCCGAAAGCUACUUUAUUUUUCUGCAUUAAUUUUAAUAAAUUAGCAAAAUUUAUUAAGAUUUCUGUUGAUUCAAUUAAUCAUUGAUUGGAAAUAUUAUAUGUACCUAUUUGCAAACUUAAUGGAUAGAACAUAAUAUAUAUGGCAAGCGAACGCUACUGAUUAUCGCGAAACUGUUUUGAUAUACUUCAGCAUUUAUCAAAGUAGUCCAAUAAGUAAAGAUUAGCUUUGAACAAUAUCCAAUCUACAAAAAAAAAAUUAAUUGUACGUGAAGGUAAAAUGGGAUGAUCUUAAAUUCAUUCUUUAACUGAAUUAAUUUUUAAACCUAAAUUGUUAAUUCAAAGUGGUUUAUUUUUAAAAACACCAAGUUUUGCCAAAAAAACAUGACCAUUUAUAAAAAACGGUUAUAUCUAGUUUAUACGAAGGAUAUUCCUAUGAAUAUUCUUAUUCUUAUAUAAUAAAAACUGUCAUGGAACUAAAAUUAUGGGAAAGGUAGAAAAAAGUUUUUACCGAUAAUAUAAUUUUUUUUUAAUUA